AAUAAAAAGAGAACAAAUUAAAGAUUGGUGUGGUGUGAAUCAAAGUAGCAGAUUAAGUUUCAUUAUCCAUUUCAUAGCAUUGCCCAAGCACAGAUAAUAAAAAAAAAAUGGCGGCAAUGGGAGUUGCAGCGCAGUUACAGUUACCGUUAGAGAAGCGCGUGCUAGAGGGUUUCGCUUCGAAAUCCAUGGAAUUGAAAUGGGUGAGUCGAAGAAGCAGCAAAAUUUCACAGCCUGAGAAGAUGAAGAAGCCGUUGAGACCGCUUUUCCCAAUUUACAUUUCCACAGACCCACGCCAUGUCGAUCCUCACCGUCUCCGAGAUCUCUUCGCUGAUAGCAACUACUCUACCCAAAGAUUUCCGACCGGACUCGACCCUGAACCCGUGGACAUCGACAAGCUCCGCAUUGCUUUGUCUCACAGCGCCGUAGUUGUCUCCGUCUUCUGCAACCUCCGCCACGUAAACGCUGUCGUUCCAUAUCAUGAAAAUUCAUCGUCUUCUUUAAUAGUGGAUUUCCUCACACCGGUUUCUCCUUCACGCGAUCAAUUGGUUGGGUUUGGCCGUGCCGUUUCCGAUUAUGGCCUCACCGCUUCGAUUUACGAUGUUGUGGUUAUUCCUUCCUUGCAGAGAAUGGGAAUUGGUCGGAUGAUAGUUAAAAAAAUUGCUAGAGUGCUUGUAAAUAGAGACAUAUACGACAUAGCAGCCCUUUGCUCAGAUAAUGAAAGGUUAUUUUUUAAGGCGUGUGGAUUUGGGGACGACAUUUUGAACUCUACUACUAUGAUGUACAGAAGAACUGUUCCAUUUAUAACCCAGGAAGGUGAAUAGGUAGUCACUUGUGCAGGGCGAAAGCUAUUGUUAAUUCCACCUCUUAUUGAGGGAGCCAAUCCCACUUCAAAAACUAUAGUAUAAAGAGCCGAACUACAUUGUAUAUAAAUCAGUGAGAAAAAUGAAAGAUUGUUGUCUGAUAAGCUUGACAUUACCAUUUUCUAUGUCAUUCAUUGUAUAUGUAAAUUCUACUUAUUACUAGGUAAAAUUGUAAUUGCAAGAAUUCACUUCUGGAAAGAACACAUUUUUGUACAGAUACUAAUUUAGAGUUAACUGCCAAACUGAUCCUAAUUUAAAUC